UGGCGCUCCUACGCGCAAGUGACGUAGAGAUUGGAAGAAUUAUAAAUUACGAAGUGCCUCGGUUUCUUUUUCUUUCUGUGCUCUUUUUCUUACUCGGUUGUUGUUUCUUACUACAUUGUGUCAGUGUUUACAAACUUUGAAGCGAAGGACUAAGCUUUAUCAAAAUCAUAGCAAGUUCAGCUUUGUGCAAGUGCAAGUGUUCUUCAUCAUUUAAUCAAAAUGUUGCCUGUACACCACGGUACGAUGCUUGGUUGUCCAAGCCUGUUGGAACUUUUGGGCAUUGGUGUACCCGUAUUCAGCUUCACAACCAAACAACUGGUCCUCAUCUAUAUUAAAAUAAUAUCACUGGUUAUGAUUAUUUCUGCAUAUAUACUCAAUGCAGGAUACAUAGAUUUCAGUAUCAAUGGAAUAAGUGAUGGACAGAUUUCUCAGUUAACAGGAUCACUAUAUCAUUUAAUAUUGCUAGUUUUGACAACUGUGUUCUCUCUCACACUAACAGGAAACAUGAUUCCUCAACUAGCUACUUGGAUACUAUUCUUUAUGCCAAGAUUAUCCUUCCUGCUGCCUCUACCACCAUCAGUAAUAAAGCUAACACCUCUUCUAUCAGUUUCUGGUUGUCUAAUAUUACUGGCAUAUAGUAUGUGGAUGCAUGGUUUUAAUGUAUGCGAAACAGUCUACAACGGUUUGAUGUGGUGCCACAGCAUUGUAGAAAGCUAUGAUAUUUUUUCAAUAUUUGAAAUCCAUUGGGUUAACUUGCACAUUCCACAAGUUUUCAGAACAUACUGGGCUGUUAAAAAUGCCUAUGAUAUAAUGCAAGCAAUGAAUGAGAGUACAGAGCCACUGACAGCAUACGAUAUAACAAAAAUAUCUUUAAUUAGUUCAACAGAAAAUCUUGUAUCAUUACUUGGCUUGAUAAGUGUAAUAUCUUUCACAGUCCAUACUUUUUCUUAUAUGGUACACGUUUUUUUGGAACUUAAAGAGCCUUUCGAUAAAGAAAUUGGACAAAUGCUAGCAUCACUGUUAUUCGUCUUUUGUCUUCAAGGACGUAUAACAAAUUUUGAUGCAGAAACUAGAUACCAACAAGUCAGUCACCACUUUCUCCUUUUGCUGUUAGCAUUACUGCACUUCUUGUAUUACGAGAUAAAAGAUGAAUUACUUUCAAUAGGUACAUCAAAUACCCCUUCAACUGAAAGGCAUAUCAAGACAUUACUAAUCGCUUCAUUACCAAUUAUAUUAUCAAGUAUGAUUAUGCAAUAUGAAUUCAGCAUUGAUAACACUACAACUUGGUUAAUAUGUAGCUCUGCCCUUAAUGCAGAAAUCAUGUUAAAAUCAGUUGUCACAAUUGCUAUCUACACACUUCUAAUGAUAGAUGCAUAUAAAUGUGGACUGUGGGAAAAUCUUGAUGACUAUAUAUAUAACUUAAAAUUUGGUUUAAAUAUUGUCGAAUUUUUACUUGGAAUUUGUCUGGUACUUACACACACAUACAUAUUCUUUUUUGAAUCAACUUCACUUGCAAGAAUUAUGCUAAUAAAUGUACACUUAUACUUCAAUGUAUGGGUACCAUUUUCAAGAGGAAAGGAUGUAUUCUACCAACACCAUACAGCAUUGAACAAAGUAAGAGAUCUACCAGUAGCCACUAAAGAACAACUCAGACAAAAGAAAGACGUCUGCGCAAUUUGCUACCAACCCUUGAAUUCAGCUCGGAUAACAAGUUGCAAUCACUUUUUUCAUGGGGUUUGUCUACGGAAAUGGUUAAACGUACAGUCAACCUGCCCAUUAUGCUUUAAUGGGAUAGAACCUACAGAUGAAGAAUUAUUUUGGCAAACUUUCAAUGAAGCCAUUAUGGCAUAAUGGAAUAUGAUAAGUUUAAUGACAGCAUCCCACUGGAAUAGACAGUGUUCAAAACAAGUAUAAAACUGUGAUAUCUACUUUUACAAAAUCUCAAGAUACAAGUACUUAGCAUAAGAGUACCUCCCGAGUUGUUUGUUCAUAUAUUUUUGUAUUUAUGCCAUAUUAUGUGUUUGUAUUUUACAUUUUUGCAGUAUCUACUUAUUUAAAAAAAGUUUUCAUAUCAAAUUCACAUCAGCAAUGUAACCAGAAUGUUAUUUUGACCAGUUAAAGAGCAUGUCGCUUAUGAUUGUUCAAAACCUUUUUUAAAUAAAAGUUAUAAAUAAAGCAUCAAUAUUGAA